GAAGGGGAUUAGGGCCAGAGCGGUGCAAGUUAAAUUGUGCUGCAUAUAAAAAAUGGGCGGAUUGGUCUCCAGAUCCAGAGGCUGGUACCACCUUCCUUUCUAAAAUAAAAUCUCUCUGGCAUGAAGUCACCGCCUAUUUCACAUCCGGUUUGCCCUGGGACGUAUUACUACUGUCUUGGUAAAGAGAAAUCUUUUGUUGUAUAGCUGCAGAUCGGAUACUGGGAAGCAAAUUUGGGUGUGAAAUCUUCAGCAAAGGAGCACACAGAGUCCAUGAUGGCUCAGACCGAGUGAGUGAGAGGCAGAGCGAGGACGCCCCUCCGCUCGCGGCGCGCCCGGACUCGCGGACUCGCGCUGGUUCCAGGCUCUCCGCGAUUUUCUCUCGCACACUUUUCCCGGGUCUUGAGCGAUCCUGUGCCCAGAGGGGGCCCGAGCUGCACAAGCCCGCAAUGAAGAAAAGUCCGGGUCUCUCUGAGUAUCUUUGGGCCUGGACCCUCCUUCUGAGCACAUUGACUGGAAGAAGCUAUGGACAACCCUCAUUACAAGAUGAACUUAAAGACAACACUACUGUCUUCACCAGAAUUUUGGACCGACUCCUAGAUGGUUAUGACAAUCGUCUGAGACCAGGAUUGGGAGAGCGUGUAACUGAAGUGAAGACUGACAUCUUCGUCACCAGUUUCGGACCUGUUUCAGACCAUGAUAUGGAAUAUACAAUAGAUGUAUUUUUCCGUCAAAGCUGGAAGGAUGAAAGAUUAAAAUUUAAAGGACCCAUGACAGUUCUCCGGUUAAAUAACCUAAUGGCAAGUAAGAUUUGGACUCCGGAUACCUUUUUUCACAAUGGAAAGAAGUCAGUGGCACACAACAUGACCAUGCCCAACAAACUCCUGAGGAUCACAGAGGAUGGCACCUUGUUAUACACCAUGAGGCUGACGGUGAGAGCUGAGUGUCCAAUGCAUUUGGAGGACUUCCCUAUGGAUGCACAUGCCUGCCCACUAAAAUUUGGAAGCUAUGCCUAUACCAGAGCAGAAGUUGUUUAUGAGUGGACCAGAGAGCCAGCACGCUCGGUGGUUGUAGCAGAAGAUGGGUCACGCCUAAACCAGUAUGAUCUUCUUGGGCAAACAGUAGACUCGGGAAUUGUUCAGUCUAGUACAGGAGAAUAUGUUGUUAUGACCACUCAUUUCCACCUGAAGAGAAAAAUUGGCUAUUUCGUUAUUCAAACAUACCUGCCAUGCAUAAUGACAGUUAUUCUCUCCCAAGUUUCAUUCUGGCUCAACAGAGAGUCUGUACCAGCGAGGACUGUCUUUGGAGUAACAACUGUACUCACCAUGACAACUUUGAGUAUCAGUGCCAGAAACUCCCUCCCUAAGGUGGCUUACGCCACUGCUAUGGACUGGUUCAUUGCAGUGUGCUAUGCCUUUGUGUUCUCAGCUCUGAUCGAGUUUGCCACAGUCAAUUAUUUCACCAAGAGAGGUUAUGCAUGGGAUGGCAAAAGUGUGGUUCCAGAAAAGCCAAAGAAAGUGAAGGAUCCUCUCAUUAAGAAAAACAACACUUAUGCUCCAACAGCAACCAGCUACACCCCUAAUUUGGCCAGGGGUGACCCUGGCUUAGCCACCAUUGCUAAAAGUGCAACCAUAGAACCAAAAGAAGUCAAGCCGGAAACAAAACCACCAGAACCCAAGAAAACCUUUAACAGCGUCAGCAAAAUUGACCGACUGUCAAGAAUAGCUUUCCCGCUGCUAUUUGGAAUCUUUAACUUGGUCUAUUGGGCUACAUAUUUAAACAGAGAGCCUCAGCUAAAAGCCCCCACCCCACAUCAAUAGGUCCUUUCAUUCACAUUCUGUUGUUCAGUCCUCUACACUGGGAAUUGCUUUCUGUUCUCAACGCAGUGAUUCCCACCUGCUUUAUUGCCUCUGUCUUAAAGAAUUUGAAGGUUUCCUUAUUUCCAUAAUUCAUACAAGAACAACAGACCCCUGUCCAGCAGUCCUGAGCAAAGCAGAGCAUACAGCUGAGAGACAGGAUUCUGAGAGAGGAAGCAAGAG